UCUCAAAGGCCCUUUGAACAUCUUCUAUUCUUCCCCAAACAAAACCCCUUUAUCAGUUGACCACUUUAGAAUUCUCUCUCUUUCAUUUUCAUCAUUCUCUCUUCCAAAACAGAGCAAAGGAAGAGAUGUUGCUGGCAGUAUUACUCUCCAACUCCGAGGGCAACAUUCUCGUCGAAAGGUUCAAUGGAGUUCCUGCUGAGGAGCGUUUGCAUUGGCGAACUUUCUUAGUUAAGCUGGGUGCUGAGAAUCUCAAGGAUGCUAAGAAUGAAGAGCUCUUUGUUGCUUCACACAAGUCAGUUUAUAUUGUUUAUACUGUGCUUGGAGAUAUUCACAUCUAUCUUGUUGGCAAGGAUGAGUAUGACGAACUUGCUUUGUCAGAAGUUAUAUUCAUAAUCACCUCGACGUUGAAGGAUGUCUGCGGAAAACCACCAAAUGAACGCAUGUUCCUGGACAAAUAUGGAAGGAUCUGCUUAUGCCUUGAUGAAAUUGUUUGGACGGGAGUUCUGGAGAAUACCGACAAAGAAAGAAUCAAAAGACUUGUUAGGUUGAAGCCCCCAACCGAGUUCUGAAUAUACUGGAGGAGGGAUCCUGCUUUACAUUGCCAUACUGUAUAUCUUGGAAACAAUGGAUCUUCAGACAAUCUUGACGUGUGUUCAAGGAGAAUUUACUGAUUUGUAUUUUUAGAAGAAAUUGAUGUCUGAGGAACUCUGAGAACAAUUAUUCUAUUAGGGGCUAGCAUUUGUGUAAUUUGUGAUAUCAGCUGUCCUGAUUAGUUGAGGUUCAGGGGCUUUCUUGUAAUCGGCAUCUAAUCGAAUUUUAUUGCUGUUACAAACAUACAAAGUACCUAUUUCAUACUACAGAGUUUGGAGACAUAGCAGUA